UAUUUAAAUUUCAUAUUAGGCCUUUUAAUGCUCGAUCUCCAAACGAAAAUGAAACCCAAACCAGACUUUUUCACAUUAACAUUGACUUUGCUGAUUAUGUCUUCCACACGUUUGACUAGUUCGGCCACGCUUUGAGCCGUUGCCAACAGUUUGCCAACUAUAAAAGGGUUUACACUGGCAACCAUCGUUACCAUUCGUCGUGAACUGUUCGAUAACCGCAGAUCAAAUCACCAACCAAGAAUCACCAUGAAGUUCCUGAUUGUCUUCGUUGCCCUCUUCUCCGUGGCUCUGGCCGCUCCUGCCGGUUCGGAGGCUCAAAUCUUGCGAUCGGAAUCCGACGUUGGACCCGAGAGCUUCAAAUACGACUGGGAGACUAGCGAUGGUCAGGCAGCUCAGGCCCAAGGUGUGCUGAAGAACGCUGGAACCGAGCAGGAGGCCAUCUCCGUCCAGGGAUCCUACCGCUUCGUGGCCGAUGAUGGUGUCACCUACGAAGUCACCUACAUCGCCGAUGAGAACGGAUUCCAGCCCCAGGGUGCCCAUCUGCCCGUUGCCCCCGAGGCCUAAAUUGAGUUGCUUGCACUCAAAGCAGCUUUAAAGCCACCCAAUCCUACACAAUUCCUUGUUAUUUUCCCCAAUACUUUCCGGUUUCACUUUCUUUGAAAGGGAACCAUUUCUAAGUCACAGAACGCAAUUUGUUGAAUAUUAAAACUUGAAGAUUAUA